AUGGCCGGUGAGUCAUUGCCGGGCACCCGGGUAAACGUCUCGGACGUUUCCAGCAUCGUCGGGGUGCAGGAACGCGUAAUCGCCUGCCGGGCGUGUCCCAGGCUCGUGGAUUGGCGGGAGGAAGUAGCACGGGUCAAGCGCCGUAUGUACCGAGACGAAACCUAUUGGGGAGCUCCACUGGCUGCCUUCGGUGAUCCCCACGCCCGCUUGCUCGUUGUAGGUUUGGCGCCGGCCGCCCACGGCGGCAACCGCACCGGACGCAUGUUUACCGGCGACCGUAGCGGGGAUUGGCUGUUUGGGGCCCUGUACCGAGCUGGAUUCGCUAACCAGCCCGAGUCGGUGCGCGCCGGUGACGGGCUGGAAUUGAACCAGGCGCUCAUUAGCGCCGCUGCCCGGUGCGCCCCUCCGGCCAACAAACCCACCGUCGAAGAACUGGCUACGUGCCGCCCGUAUAUAGCGCGCGAGAUUGAACUUCUUACGGAUUUGCGGGUCGUCGUGGCGCUGGGCCGCAUCGCUUUUGAUGCUUUCCUGCGAGCCUACGCAGAUGCCGGCGGUACAUUGCCAUCCAGAAAACCACCUUUCGGCCACAACGUAGCCUCCCAACUCCCCGAUGGCGGCCCCCUGCUGAUCGCCUGUUACCAUCCCAGCCAACAAAAUACCCAAACCGGCAGGCUAACCCUUGACAUGCUGGAUGCGGUAUUUCAGCGGGCGCGGCAAGUAUUGGACGGAUGA